UAGCCAUAUAGCGUUGCAUUCCCUCUGUUUGAAACAAAUACAGAGCAAUGGAGGAUUCGGGAUCAAUUCUUUCUCACAUUUCAUCUCUAAAGGACAUGCUGGAUCAGGUUAACGAAGAAAUUGAGGCUACUAUACAGAUCACGCGAGAGAUAGAAUCCGGGAUCGUGAAAUGUGAGGAAAUUGAGAGCGGUUUGGCGGGAAGAGAAGCGGAAAUGAUGAAAACGGUUUACAUGUUGCAGUUCGAGAUUGUUGGAUAUGUCACCGUCGCUGACCAGUUGAAGGCCUCUGUAAGUUCUUUGGAGAAAGAGAUAUGUUGUCUUAAAAUGAAGCGGGCCGAAAUUGUUAAAAGAAUGACUGAAAAGAGGGAAAAUUUUACGACCAUGUGCCUAGAAUUUCAGGCUGACAUUGAUGGCAGAAAAAAUUGUGAAGCAAGGACAUUGUUGUCAGAGAGAGAUUCCCUUGAAAAUGAAAUUCAACUUAUGGAACAAAAACACAAUGUUCUAAAAAAUUCAGUAUUGGCAUUUGUGGAGGAAAUUCUCGAAGAUCUUAAUAAUUCCAACUCAGAGUGGGAGCUUUCCAGGCAACAAGCUUCUUGCAAUGAUGCAGCUUUUCGUGCUUGGAUACAGUUGGCGCCUGGAUAUAAUGUUGUCAUGAAUGUGUCCAGAGGCGGAGGUCAAACUUCAGACUCCCGAGACUUCAUUUCAUGCCUUUUUAAAUUUGGGCAAGAGACAAUGAUGUGAAUGGUCGGCCUCGGUCAUGUUGGUUUUGGACUAUAAAAAUAUAUACAUGGCUUCAAUCUGUACGGUGGUUGCAAGAAAAAGGGAUAAGAAUACAAAGAUGCCAUAUUUGUCAAUUCCAUCGCAAAUCAUUGUAAAGUCAUCACACGGCAGCCCUACAAGCUAAGAAUGCAGAAGUGGUUGCUUCAAAAGCGAAGCCUGGAACCCAAAAGAAGGAAAACAACAUGAAGCUCCCUCAUAGCCAAGUGAAGUAAAUAUAAUAACAACCACCACCAACAACAAUGAGUUUUGUUUCUCUAUUUUUUUUAAAAAAUGAAAAUAAGUAAUUAAGUAUAGAAAGUUCCAAAAAUUAGUCUUGUCCUUGUCUAAGUAUACUUAUUAACUAUUUUAUAUAGAUUAAAAAGAUUAGUUCAAAGUAACUAAGUGCCAAAAAAUCUAUAAUUUUUAAAAAUUAAUCAAAAUGAGUUGAGAAAGGUUAU